CGGCCGCGCCGCCGCCAUUUUGAAUGCCUGUGUACGGCCGCCGCCGCUUCCUCCUGUGCUGGGACCGGCCCGAGGAUGCCAGCCCCCAUCAGACUGCGGGAGUUGAUCCGGACCAUCCGGACCGCAAGAACCCAGGCAGAAGAGCGUGAGAUGAUCCAAAAAGAAUGUGCUGCUAUCCGGUCAUCCUUCCGAGAGGAAGAUAACACAUACCGAUGCAGAAAUGUGGCAAAGCUGCUGUACAUGCACAUGCUGGGAUACCCUGCGCAUUUUGGACAGUUGGAGUGCCUCAAGCUCAUUGCCUCUCAGAAAUUCACAGACAAGCGCAUUGGGUACUUAGGUGCCAUGUUGCUGCUGGAUGAGAGACAGGAUGUCCAUCUUCUUAUGACCAAUUGCAUCAAGAAUGACCUUAAUCACAGCACGCAGUAUGUGCAGGGGCUGGCACUCUGCACUCUUGGCUGCAUGGGCUCCUCAGAAAUGUGCAGAGACCUUGCAGGAGAGGUGGAAAAGCUCCUCAAAACAUCCAACUCCUAUCUUAGGAAGAAGGCAGCAUUGUGUGCGGUUCAUGUCAUUAGAAAGGUGCCUGAACUCAUGGAAAUGUUCCUGCCAGCCACCAAAAACUUGCUGAAUGAGAAGAACCACGGUGUUCUUCACACAUCAGUUGUCCUCCUCACAGAGAUGUGUGAGAGAAGCCCAGACAUGCUUGCACACUUUAGAAAGAAUGAAAAGCUUGUUCCCCAAUUAGUUCGUAUUCUGAAGAACCUUAUCAUGUCUGGAUAUUCACCAGAGCAUGAUGUGUCUGGGAUCAGCGACCCCUUUUUGCAGGUACGAAUCCUGCGGUUACUAAGAAUUUUGGGACGAAAUGAUGAUGAUUCUAGUGAAGCAAUGAAUGAUAUACUUGCACAGGUUGCCACUAAUACAGAAACAAGUAAAAAUGUGGGAAAUGCCAUUCUCUAUGAAACUGUGCUGACAAUUAUGGACAUAAAAUCUGAGAGUGGGCUGCGGGUGUUAGCCAUUAACAUCCUGGGCCGUUUCUUAUUAAACAACGACAAAAACAUUAGAUAUGUAGCUUUGACAUCAUUGUUGAAAACUGUGCAGACAGACCAUAAUGCAGUACAGCGGCACAGAAGCACGAUUGUUGACUGCCUGAAGGAUCUGGAUGUCUCCAUUAAAAGGCGUGCAAUGGAACUCAGUUUUGCUCUUGUUAAUGGGAACAAUGUCCGUGGAAUGAUGAAGGAGUUGCUGUAUUUCCUAGAUUCCUGUGAACCAGAAUUCAAGGCAGAUUGUGCAUCUGGAAUAUUUCUUGCAGCUGAAAAAUACGCUCCUUCCAAACGCUGGCACAUAGACACAAUUAUGAGAGUCUUAACAACGGCAGGAAGUUACGUUCGUGAUGAUGCUGUUCCCAAUCUGAUCCAGCUAAUAACUAAUAGUGUGGAGAUGCAUGCCUACACUGUGCAGAGACUCUACAAAGCCAUCCUUGGUGAUUACUCCCAGCAACCGCUGGUGCAAGUGGCCUCUUGGUGCAUAGGAGAGUAUGGAGAUCUUCUAGUGUCUGGUCAGUGUGAAGAAGAGGAACCAAUACAGGUAACAGAGGAUGAAGUUCUUGAUAUUUUAGAAAGUGUCCUGAUAUCUAAUAUGUCUGCAUCUGUUACACGAGGCUAUGCUCUCACUGCCAUCAUGAAGCUUUCCACAAGGUUCACCUGCACUGUCAAUCGCAUUAAGAAGGUAGUUUCCAUUUACGGCAGCAGCAUCGAUGUGGAGCUGCAGCAGAGGGCAGUGGAAUAUAAUGCACUUUUCAAGAAAUAUGAUCACAUGAGGCCAGCCCUGCUUGAGAGAAUGCCAGUAAUGGAGAAAGUCACCACAAAUGGCCCUGCUGAGAUUGUACAGACCAAUGGAGAGACAGAGCCAGCGGUACUGGAAACCAAACCUCCACCCUCUGGACUGCAGCCUGCUAGCCAGGCAAAUGAUUUAUUGGACUUGUUGGGGGGAAGCGAUAUAACACCUGUAAUCCCCACUGCACCUACAAGCAAGCCAGCUUCUGCUGGUGGGGAGCUCCUUGACCUCCUGGGAGACCUCAACCUGACAGGUUCUCCAGUAUCUGCCCCUGCACCCCAGAUAGCACAGCCUCCAUUCCUGCUUGAUGGGCUUCCGUCACAGCCUCUCUUCAAUGAUAUUUCUGCAGGAAUCCCCUCAAUUACUGCAUACAGCAAGAAUGGGCUGAAGAUUGACUUCACCUUUGAGAGGUCAAACACCAACCCCAGUGUCACCGUAAUCACGAUACAGGCCUCUAACAGCACAGAACUGGAUAUGACAGAUUUUGUUUUCCAAGCUGCAGUACCAAAGACAUUCCAGCUGCAGCUCCUGUCUCCCAGCAGCAGUGUCAUCCCUGCAUUUAACUCGGGGACCAUCACACAGGUCAUUAAAGUCCUGAAUCCACAAAAGCAACAACUACGGAUGCGGAUCAAGUUGACGUAUAAUCACAAGGGCUCAGCGAUGCAGGACCUAGCAGAAGUCAACAACUUUCCCCCUCAGUCUUGGCAGUGAGGCUCUGGCACCAUUCUUAUUCUCACCCCACCCAAUCAAAAGAACUCUGGGAAGAAGGUUGUGAUCCUUGGCAAUCCCCCAAACUGCACCAUGGGCAUGGGGAACAGAUGAGACCUGCUGAUGAGGAGGAAUUUUCCUGAAGUGAUUGCUGACUUUGAAGCAUAUCUGUUAAGACUAAUCUCUCCUCCGCUGAUGAGGCUGGUGGCUUCUGGAGGCUACUGUGCACUCCCUCACACAUGCAUCCACAGCCAGAAGCAACAUUCCCUUCUCUCCUUCCCCAUCUCUGCCCCCUGCAAAGAAACAGAGCCUGGUUGGAAGAGGAGUCUGGAAUUUCUAGCAGGGAAACUUUCUCUUCUCUGCAGCAAGUGAACAGCUGCCCUUUCUUUCUGCUGUCUCUUUCCUCUGGUGUGGGCAAGGCGUAUUGUCCUUCAUUACUAGCUGGAUUCCUUCAGGCACUUUCAUCUGGGGCUCAGAUUUUGGGCACUUGGGGAAUGUCAGGCUGCCCUGACUCUUUCUUUUUGUAUUCCCUAUGUCUGAAGGAGCUGGAAACUGCUUAUGGCCUAUUCAGUGCAUUACUAUACACCCACCUCUUAGUUACGUGAUACAUACCAAGAGCAAGUUAGGCCUUGAGAGUUCAUCUGCAGACCCGGAACAGUGCAGGAAAAUAGAUGCUGGUGAGAGUUGAUAAAAUUGCUUUGCUGCUGUACUUGGAAAUGAAGAGCUUACACCUGAAUUUUCUUCUUUACAUCAAUGGCUACUGCCAUGCAGAUUCACAGACAAGUGUACCCCAAAACCUGGUGAUUUCUGAGAUGUAGAGAUCCAAGGAGCAGCUGGUUUUCUACCACAGACGGUUUCAAAGCCUUUUUAACCCAUUAAUUAUGAUUUAUGGGUAGAAGAGACAUACGUGGUUUUGUAGAUCAGUCUUUGAGCAAGGGCUGUGUUCCUGCUGGGAGACUUAUCAAAGACUAUGCUGCAAAGUUGAUCUUCCCAGUUAUUCCAGACGUUCUCCCCAGUUUUAUUUCCAGAGCCUGUUGUAGACCCCUUGGAUCCCAUUUGAGUUACUUCUGACUGGGAUAUUUGUGUUGUAUCUGUAAUACUGGCACUGAAAUAAAGACCAUGCAGUUUAAAGAGACCUUUUCCCAUUUUGUUACUGAAUUGAUCCCUGUAGUUUGCUCCCCUUUCAGAGAAAUGUGCUAGUUCAGGUUCAGACUGAAAGUCACUAAACUGUUUUUUUGAAUGGAAGCCAGCUUGAGUAUUUGGAUCAAAAGAUGUGAGGUCCACUGCUUUUCUAAGCUUACAGAAAGCUGAGUUCGUUUAUGCUUCCUAGGGUGAACUGUUGUUGAGGUAGUAAAGCUCUGUGAGUUCCCAUGGAGAUAAUGUAUAGGACGUAAAGCACAUUGUGACAAACCUAGUCAGAUGUUGAGCUCUCUUCAGGGAGGAAGAGGGGAGGAUGUAUCUUACAUCUUCAUCUGUGUGUGUGCUGGCAAGCUGAAGGAACUCCACCUUCCCAACCCAGUGUUUCUGAAAAGAAACGGAUGGUACAUCUGCUUUAUUUCUGUUCCAGGACUUUUCAGAUAGGGAUCAUUCAGUGCUCUGAUGGCAUGCUUAGAUACAGCUUUUUGUGUCUGCAGAAGUGCUAACACUAAGCUCCAAACCUUGCCAAAACUACUGCAGGAGUGGUGCACAAUGUACUUGGAAAAUUGAAGACCUGUUCUGCCUUUGAAUUGGGAGCAAGAGGCUGCUAAAGGUUCCUUAGUCUGGUUUUAACUUCAUUAAGUAAUAUCAAUAGGACUGAUUGUCACUGGCUUAAGUGCUGGUCUGUGUAGUGAAGUAAGUUUACCUUUCCUUGGAGCACGAUUUUUUGCUGCCUUACUGAUUAAACAGGUGUGGGCAUUUGGAUUAGCAAAGAGCUUUAUUGUUCUACUGGAACUGGCUUCAGUAUGGGAUUAUAAAAUCUAGAAGAAUGACAUAUGAUUUCUGUAAAAGUAAUUGUGGGCUGUAGUAGGGUCAUGCCUUGUCUAUCAUAGAAUCAUAGAACAGUUAGUGUUGGAAAGGACCUUAAGAUCAUCAAGUUCCAACCCCCCUGCCAUGGGCAGGGACACCUCACACUAAACCAUAUCACCCAAGGCUUCAUCCAGCCUGGCCUUGAACACUGCCAGGGAUGGAGCAUUCACAGCUUCCCUGGGCAACCCAUUCCAGUACCUCAGCACCCUAACAGUAAAGAAUCGCUUCCUUACAUCAGUGGUGAGAUAGAUACUGCACUUCAGCUAGAAGCAUCAUGGAGCAGUCAGUCUUGCAGAAGAUUGCUGAAGUCUGUUUGUAGGUGCUUAGCAUUUUCUGUUGUUGCUUUCACUGCAGUUGUGUCUUUUUAACCCCACCAACUCAAACUCCAUAGCAUUGGAGGCUGAGCCUGUUAGAUCUUGACUCCAGUGAGAUCUGAGAGUAUCCCAAGUACAAAGCUAAUGGAAAGUCUUUACCUUAGUUCCUGAACUCUCCAUAAGCUCUCCCAGUCUCCUCAUAGAAUUGUACAUGGUCCCUUGUACUGAAAGCUGGCACACCACCAUCUCCAUUGGUUUUGCUGAGAAAGAGUACUGAUGCAGAUUAGAUGGGGAGAAGGAAGUAAAUGGUCUCUCACCAUUUUUCUGUCAACAAAUGGCCUGUUUGUCGCAGCAUGGUUGGGAACAGCUUACCUUGUCCCUCUUGUUGGUCUUGUUUUCCAUGCCCUAGAGCAGCUGGGGCUCGUUGUUAGUCUCUGUCUGGUGGAUAGGGUAAAUUCCUGCUAUGUUCCUGGCUCCUUUGGCCCCCACACACAGUGUUUGUGUUCAGGAAAAUGGGUGCUGGCCCUGUAUUUCUGAGUGGAGCUGGAGGAGGCAGUUCACAUACCUGAAAUGCAUUUUGCUUGAAGCCAUCCCUUGGCUAUGAAGUACUCCUUUGUAGCAGCUGAACAUUCCUCCAAGCUCUUUCCUUUCCCAGCUCAGGCCAGGUGCUAACAUUACGUGGGCAGGUGGGUUUCACAUGUCCUGUCUGCAGUACCAGAUACUUGCUCCUUGACCCCUAAGUGCAGCUCAAGCUCUGUGCUGCUGCUUUGUUUUCUCACCGGGGAUUACUUGUGUGUCCAUGUCUGGGGCACUCUGAGGAUAAAUAUGGUGAGUUUCUUUUCCACUAGUUCAGUGCAGCAGUUCUCACAGGUCUGGUGAACAUUUUGCUUGCUUCAGCAUAAGGUGAAUGUAAAGGGAACAAGAUACAGAGUUCAUGGUUAAUGUUAUUCAUACCUAUUUGGAGAUUCUGGAGCUGGGAGAGACUGAAUGUCUGGGUGGGUUUUUUCCAAGUGAAUGUAUUCUGAGUGAAAAAAUGACAGAGAGGACAGUGGCCAUAAUGGGCUGGAAUGGGGAGGAGACACGGGAAGGUCCUAAGGUUCAACUUCGUACAGGUUUUGAUGGGGCAAAAUAUAACCUUGAACAACCUUUUGAAGCAAUAGCAGUGAGGAGACUGCCACCCAUACAGUACCUUGGGUUUGUAAUGCAGCAGAUGCUGAAGCAGGUGGGAAAGGUGACUGUGCCUUCCCCGAGCUGGGACUGGCUGCAAGACAGAGCAGCAACGAUGGUUUUAUUUCUUUCACAUCUGCUGGUGCGCUUUCUAUGUUCGUUUUGUGUUGGGGCUGUGAGGGAAGGGGCUGCUGGGCUGCUUCCCUUGGAACUGUCGCUCUUCUGUAUAUUCCCUUUUCUUUCCUGCUGUUGUAAUUUAUAUCUUCCAUUGAGCCCCAUCCGACCUCUUGGACAUUGAAGUGAAAACCAACCCCCAGGAAACCCAACCAGAUUCCAGGUGAAGCCGUGCCCUUUGCGCAGGGAGCCCAGUGGCAUUCCAACUUCUGCAGACCUGUUUUUGAGAUGUGAAAAAACAAAGUAAAUGGAGUCUUAGGUGAAUGAGGAGCAUAACAGAUGUAAACAUUUCCAUGGGAUGCAUUAGACUUCUGCUGUGUGUAUUGUCUUUUGGUUGAACAAAUUAUGAAGUGACUAAUAAAAUGAGUCAAUAUUCAAUGAUUUAAAA